AUGGUUAACUUCACUGCUGCUUUCGCGAUGGCAUCCUUGGUCUCCCUCGCCAACGCCUCCGGCAAGGAUUACAACACCGUGCCCUUCAAGGUUCGCGUGAGGAAUCUGACCUACCUCCAGCCCUUCUCGCCCCCGCUCAUUGUGGCGCAUACCAAGGACGUUGCACUCUUCAAGGAGGGAUUCCCGGCCAACGACGCUAUCAAGCUUAUGGCGGAGGACGGCGACAACUCUGCUCUGCUGGAACUCUCGGAAAGUAGUGAUGUGGCGCCCUACAUCUGCGGUGUCGUCGUGGCCGAGGGGCCCGUCUUCCCAGGAGAAACUUGGCGAGGACAGCUCGAUGUUGACCCCUAUAUCUGCCCGAACCCGGUCUACUCAGUGGUGACGAUGCUCAUCAACACGAACGACGCCUUCGUGGGCAUCGACUCUGACACCCUCGAGCUCGGAAGUACCAAGGCCUUCCCACCCGCCUUCGACGCCGGCACUGAGGUCAACGACGAGCGCUGCUCCAACAUUCCUGGCCCGGGUUGCCCCGCGGGCAGCGGCAACAACCAGAACGGCCCGGGAGAGGGGUACAUCCACGUGCACCGCGGCGUCCACGGAGUCGGGGACCUUGAGGAGGCCAGCUACGACUGGAGGAACCCAGUGGCCGAGAUCUAUAUCCAGAAGCUUUGAAUCUGAUAUGUGUUGCAUGUUUGGUGGUGGCCUUAUGUAGACUAGUGGCGUGGGCAUGCUAUUGUCCACUUGCGGUUUCUGUUAUUUGUUUGUUGUUUUCAUUCCAAUGGCGUAUUGAUCUGCGGUGGUGCAAGUAUAUAGUUGCUUUACGUCUGUGUCUGAAACAUCUGAAAGCAAAAUCGACGAUAGAUGAAGUCUACUGUACAGUCUGAUAUUUGUUCGGUUAGUACAGCAGUACUAUUAUUAUUUGUACAAAUGAGCACGAAUGUGUAGACGUGUGCAGCCAAUAGCGGGAAAAACCCCGGCGACUGGGGAUUUUGCCAUUUCGCUGGCAUUUCCGGUAGAUAUGCAGAGGUUUCACGGUUCGGUUAUCUAGGCGAAACCGCUCUACAGCGCCAAAAAAAUGCUGCCUUCACUUUUGUGGUCUCUCGGUACAGGUCUGAAGCUGCAGCGAUUGACGGCUCGCUCCCUCUCCUGUGCACUCGAAGUGUGUUAUUCGGGAACGUGUUGGAGGGAGCGUGGGGCUGAGAUGCCUCAAGAGGUUUCGUUUACGAGCAAAGCAUGUUGAUAUCCUCCCUCUUGGAUUGUGGGCUUGUUUUUGUCUCGCGUUCAUCUGUGGCCCCGAGAAAAUUCUGUGCACCUUCUGCAGAAGGCGUAGAUAGAUCGCGUUGACUUUUAUGCACGCCGAGAUCAAACAAAACAGAAGAAUUAUCCACCGAAGAGAACCUACGCGGAAGCCGGAACCUUCCGUCAAUGCUCCGACAUCACGAUGCCUACCCGAGGCAAUCAACCGCAUGGAGUCGAACCUCGAGCACCAGACAUGGUCAUCUGUCACGGUUUCGCGUCGCGCUCAUUUCUCCAACAAAAUGCUCUCGCCAACGCGAACGGAAAAACAGUGGCGACUUAUCUCGGCUGAGACAAUGACCGUACGCAGCAAACAAUCAGUCCCCAUUGGAAGAACGUUGCAUCACGUCGCAAACCAUUAUUUAGGUACUGCAUGGAUGCUUGCUGGAUUCUUCUACGGAUGUCGCGUUCCCCCACAACUCCCAACAAAGCAUGUGGGGUGCAUUUUGCGCACAACAAAACUUAAUGCGGGUCGUCAACAUUAGCAAUGAUUAACAUCGUCUCGGGGCAGCGCCUUCUCGAAGAGUCUCCCACGAGCCGGAAACAGUGUGACAGAGCCCAUCGUCACUAGUAGAAUCCUAGGGCAUCGCAGCGCGGGGACCAAGCCCACAAGACCACAAAACAGGACGCCAGCAACAACAGCAGCGUGGCCACGACGGUGUUGGUGGGGUAACAAAAACACGUUUUCAAUCCCACUUCCAAGAAAAAAAAACGCGCGUGCUGGUGGCGCGGUUGGAAAUAAAAUCUCUCACCGCAGGCCACGAAACAUCAUCAACGAGUACCUGGUACUAAUUUGCUGGCCGAAAAACGUACCCCAAACCUUCAAUUAAAAAAACGGGCGGGGGAACGUCACAUAUUUACAUACUACAUAGGAGCGGCGCAACCCGCCCUACGGCGACAUGCGCGUAGGGCAUGCCACCAACAGACCCCCAUCUCCCUCCGCGGCAAGAUUGAAAUAUCGCGCUCCCUGUUUUGGAAUCGUACCGCGCGCGCAUCAUUCAUUUUCCUUAGGCCACACCCACCUUCCUCCAAGCAUCCAAAUACAACAUCAACGGCCAAAACAUUAUUUUACCACGUGACAGAGCGACUAAUCGCGUACCCCCCCCUCCGGCAACCUGAACUCGCGAAACCUCGAGAACGCACUCUACAAUCGCGUAAUAGAACCCACGGAAAUGAGUCGGGAACAAUCUGACCCUUGCCCUAGGUGCAAUGCACACCCGCCUCGAACGCACGAAAUCUUGCCUGGCGCGGGCUAUCUAUGCUAUCCAGCUGCCGCACACCUCCACGAAUUCCCCCGUUGUGUUUGUGAAAAACGGAGAGAAACAACAGGCGCGUUGACUGCUGGCGCCUGAAAGCAGUG